UUAUCCCCACGAGGCCGCGAGGCUUUCUUCCCCAGCGAGCAGAGAGAGCAGAGGAGUGAGAAGCGCGCCCCUUUCCGAUGGCCUCCACGUCCUCGUCUCCGCUCUCUCUUGUCCUCCUCCGGCCGCUCCCAUGCAGAUCCCUCCUCCUCUCCAAGCACAGGAAGCCAUUCCCCACCCCAAGAACUGGCCGCCUAGCAGCUUCAGCAGCAGCAGCAGGAGCCCAGCAGCGGUUGCUGCGGCCGCCGGAGACCGGCCGGUGGAGCGGGAGCUCGAGGAGCGGCAGAGACUUCGCGUGCUUAUCCUACAACAAUCCGCCCCCGCCUUCCAGUAAGGACUCGAAUGAGUGGCCCAUCCUUCGCCGGUGGGAUGUGCCGUGGGAGUGGCAAACUGUUGUGCUCAGCAUGGUGGGCUGUGGAGUAAGCUUUGCUCUGACAGGAUUGGUUGAGCAGUCGAUAUUGCAAUACGUAGGGUAUUCAGCCGCGGGGGCAACCAUAGAUGAGAAGGCGGAGAUACUGUUCCUCGGACAACUUAGCGUGACUGCUGUUGUGCUUGGUGUUAUAUUUAGCAUCACCAAUACCUUCCGACCGUUCCCUGAUGAUGUCUUCCGUUACGAUGUUAAAGAACCAUUCAAGCUGCAAAAUGGCUGGCUUCUGUGGGCUGGUAUUGGCCUCUUUGGUGCAGUCAUUUCCAUUGCUUUAGUUGGAGCUGCCAUGAGCUAUCUGAAUGGUGCACCUCCAGAGAGAGAGAAGGACUCACUGGUCCUUUUACUGCCACUAAUUGGCUCAUCAACUCUCAGCACUGCCUAUUUGGUGGGGAUUACUGGAGUUCUAGCACCAAUUCUGGAGGAGACUGUGUUCCGAGGAUUUCUAAUGGUGUCCUUGACUAAGUGGUUUCCUACUCCAGUCUGCGUGAUUCUCAGUGCUGCUGUAUUUGCCUUCGCUCAUUUGACACCUGAUCAAUUCCCACAACUGUUUGUAUUAGGUGUUGCACUAGGAUUUACAUAUGCUCAAACUCGCAAUCUUCUAGCUCCUAUUACAAUACAUGCAUUUUGGAACUCGGGAGUUAUACUGCUGCUAACCUUUCUUCAGUUGCAAGGGUACGAUAUCAAGGAGCUAUUGGGGGCAUCUUGAAGGCUUUAUAACCGAUCUGAUUUCAGCUUUGUGCAUAUCCUUGAGUAACUUCCGCAGAAAGACCUGGAAGAAGAAUGAGCUUUCCUUUAUUCGACUGCUUAGUGUAUGAUCUUACUGGGUAAGGCACGCAAUGUAUGGUCUAUAAGAUGUCUUACAAAAUAUGAUUGUGUAUGGUUCCUUUCAUACUACUGCCAACCUACGUGGUGGAAAAUGUUCAAUCAUACAAAUAGACAAUACGGUUAUUGCUAUAAGAAAUGCAUUGUACUUGUACGUA